GAGAAAUUUGCCCUUGCAUAUGAUUUCGCCUUGCUCUGUUGAAUGACCUUUGAGAUAUUGAGUCUCCAUUACUUGCCCCACAGCCUUCAACCAGCUCCUUCAGACAGUCACAAUGGAUCCCUUCCCAUUGGAACCCUACCGCUCCGCGCGUCUCCUUUAUCGUGCGCCAGAGGAUAACCUAGCAGACGAUGCAUUCUUCCAAGCUCUCUACGCCGACCCCUUAGUCGGUUCUAUGGCCACUACCGCCCUCAUACGCCCGCUCAGCACAAAGGAGCGGAAGGAGUUGCGAGAAAGGCUUGCUGGUGCAUUCAUGUCAGUCAUGAUAUGUAUCAUCCCCGAAGAGGGCUCCGAUAAGGUGCCCGAGACAAUUGGUGUGAUCUCAUUAAAAGAGCAAGCCCCUGGCUUCACACAUAAUCGCACACACGAGUUAGCGAUCACUAUUGCGCGCCAGUACCAAGACAAGGGGUAUGGUUCUGAGGCUAUCUUAUGGAUGCUGGACUGGGCUUUUCUGACUGCGGGCCUGCACCGUGUUGAGCUGAUGGUCUCUGAGUGGAAUGAAAGAGCACAAAAGGUGUACCAAAAGCUUGGGUUUGUAUCUGAGGGACGGAAGAGGCAGUGUGUGUGGAAAGGUGGGAGGUGGUGGGAUUUACUCUAUAUGGGCAUUUUGGCGCAUGAGUGGGAGGUGAAGAAGGCUGCUGACUCCUGAAAUGCUGAUGAGUAUAUAUGAUAAACAGGAGAUAUUUAGUG